UAUGUAACUGAUUUAAUUCCCCAUCAAACUAGUGUAAUCUCAAUAGAAUCGACUAAUGGUGGCGAGGGGUUGUCUGAUACAGCCGAUUGUGCAUUAACUUGAAGAAAUAUUUGCAUUUAUUUCUUUUUAUUUAUUUUUGAGUCCAUAUGCACCCAAAUUACCUUAGUAAGUAAUUCCCCAGUCCAAACCUUUCUGUUUUUUUUCUCGUGACCUAAACCAUUCAGUUUACAAAAAAGUUAUUGCAAAUAAAUGAAUAAAUAAAUAAAAACUUGAACAUUUUUGAAAGUUUUAGAUUUAAUCCAAUCAAAAAAUCCAAAACCCGCCAGUGUGCUUGGUCACAGUGACAUUGUUGCCGAACAGUAAUUAUCAUAGGUUAGUCUCUUUCAUCACCUACAAUUAAUUCUAUCCUUCCUUGUUUCAAAUCAGUUGCCAUAGUCAAACGGCUUGACAAAAAACGUUAGUCCCAAAAAUAGCAUGUUCCAGACUCUAAUGACUUUUUUUAUAUUCCUUAGAGUUACCUUUGUUGCCUUGCCCCUCUCUCACGCUCUGCUUUCUGCUCUCCUUUUUUAUAGCACACUAGACAGCAGAUAUAACCGUCAUCACAUGGUUGUUAUGUCAAUGUCCACAUUUAAUAUGGCCGCCGCAUAGGCUUCUCUUUUGGAUUUGGAUUCAGUCAUAUUGUAUUUUUGUGUGCCGGGAUUUCCGUCAUUCCCAUUCUGUCUGCAUCAAUGACGUUCCGCCAUGGUCAACGGGCUCUGACUUCUUGUCAUGGCAAAAAGUAUGGUAAACAUACACACAUUGUUAUGGAAAACGAUGCGAUAAAUAUAUAAUAAUUAAUUGUGAAGGUUAAGCUGAAACACACUUACUGGCGAAAAGUUACUUCUUUGCGACCGCCUGCACAAUUUUGACAGCCAACAGCGCAACAAAAAAGCUAUAACGUAUUCCAAUUAAAUUUGAUGUUAUUAUGUUUCACAAUUUACAACUGUAAGGAUGUCAAAGGAUGUCAACUUUCACGAAAAUAGUACCAAAAGCAAUGUUUUGCAAUGACCGGAAGUUGAAGCCAAAUUACCACGUAAAAGGGGCCUGUGCACAGUCCAGUUGUUAUUCUGCGUCAUUGGUUUGCGUUUAGCCACAGUGCCACUAAACGACAACAGCUAAUUCUGGAACUAACAGACUUUCCACGGCAGUUUAAGUGAGAAAUGAAAACUAUUUUUGGACACUUUGUUCAGUCCUGACAGUCCAUUUUAUUCAAUAUCCAUUAUUGGUUCCACUGUAUUUUUCUGGUAUUCUAUCAUGUUCAUUUUACAAAAUAUGAAAUUGGAUUGACCACAAAUUGCUAAUUUAAUCAUACUACCCCAUAGAUUCCAUGAUGAUAAAUGAUCAAUUGUCUGAGAAAAGUACCUUUCUUAUUUUGAAAGCCACACAUCCUUGUAUUGCUUUCUUGUUGGAGACCACAUUCAUUCCAAAACACGAGUCACCCAUUGAGGUGCUAAAAAUACCCAGAACUGUCAGAGGAACUCUGGGUACUCUCAAACACUUGCAGAAGCUGUGGUGGCUCAAUCACAUCUCCUGUGGAAUGCCUCUUUGUACACAAUAGUAGGUUUUCCGCAUUGAGUCAUUGUUCAGCAUAUAAUUUACAGAAGGUAUUGUAUUCACUAGAAUCCCUGCCAGGCAAAGUGAAAUUCAGUGAAAUUGAUAUUGAGACUGUCACCACUGCACUAAAAGUGAGAUAUGGUGAGUACUAAGCAGACAAUGUAAUGACAAUCAGUAUGAUGAAAUAGAGAGUUUGAUGUAAUUUGUGAAGAUGAAUUCAUGUUGUAUGAUAUUCCUGAAAAAAGUAUGAUAGAUGACAUGUAAUUUUUAUAAACAUUACAGUUGUUGUAUGUCCAACUUUGACAACAACCAGCUCUGUGAUGCAGAACAAAAUUUCCCAGUGAGAUCAAGUGUAUUAUUAUUUGACUUUUCUCCGAUUUUAUGAGCCUGAACCUGAAUUAGCCGCUGAUAGGAAUUUUAUAAUAAUAAUGCAUCUGUGGUACUCUUUCAAGGCAUGAAACCUGAAAACACACUAUUGCUCAAAGACACAGUGAAGAAAAUAAGUAUUUGAAGACCCUGCUAUAUUGCAUGUUCUCCCACUUAGAAAUCCUGGAGGGGUCUGAAAUGUUCAUCGUAGGUGAAUGUCCAUUGUGAGGGAGAUAAUCUAAAAAUAAAAAUCCAGAAAUCAUAGUGUAUGAUUUAUUUUUUUUCCAAUGAUUUAUUUGUGUGAUAAAGCUGCAAAUAAGUAUUUGAACACCUGAGAAAACCAAUGUUAAUAUUUGAUACAGUAACCUUUGUUUGCAAUUACAGAAGUCAAACGUUUCCUGGAGUUGUUCACCAGGCUACAAGAUCUCAAGAACCAAUGCAUUGUUUGAGAAAUCUUUUUCUGACACCAUAAGCAAGGAUGCAAUCUUGUCUUUGUGGGUUUUUAUUACAAAAAGAAAUGAAAGGCUUUGCAAAGAGAGGAAAAGGUGCUGGUCUUGUGAGUUGUCAACACUUACUAAAAAUCAGACUAAAAGCCCUUUGGUCAUACAAAAGUGAGUGAGACAGAAAGAGACAAAACAAGAGUGAUCUAUGUCCAGCUGUAUACACAUGGAGCCGGUAGAAACAACAUCACAUGAGAAACAGCCUGACCGGGAGAACUAAAACCCACAACAGGUUAAACUUGUUAAAGUGGAAGUUAGAACUAAUAGAUCUAACAUUCGGCACAUAUAUAAAACAUAAGUCUGCCAACACAGAAUCAUGUGAAGAUCCAAAGAAAUUCAAGAAAAAAUGAGAAAAAAAGUGAAACCCAUCAUUCUGUAAAAGGGUACAAAGCCAUUUGCAAGGCUUUGGGGCUCCAGUGAAUCACUGUCAACCAUUGUCCAGAAAUGGAGAAAACUGGGAACAGUGGCAAACUUACUCAGGAGUGAACGACCAACUAAAAUUACUUCAAGAGUGCGACGACGACUGUUCCAGGAGGUCACAAAAGGAUGUUGAAUUACAUUUAAAGUCCUGUAUUCAAAAUCAACUAAUCUGUAAACCAUUUAUUUUAAACAGUAAAUUCAGAAAAAGAUAUUACAUGAUCUUUUUUGUGGAACAGUUUAGAAACGUGGGCAAGUCUAAACUUUUUUUUUUAGGGCAGGGUGUCAAUUCCCGACAGUUUUUCAUAGUGUUGGCUUUAUUUAUUUUUACCAUUUUAGUGGUACCAUAUAUUGUUUAGUUGUACUGAAAUACUGUUUGUGUAUGUCUUAACACAGAGUCAUUCUUUGUGUUUGUGAUACUUACUAGAUGGAAAUUUUCAAAAUUUACCUACAAAAUGAGUUUCUUGUGUUCUAUUUGGUGUGGCGGUAUGGUUUUCUGAGGUUUUAUUUGUGUGUGUGUGUGUGUGUUGCACUUGACUUCAUGUGGAAAUUAUUUGCAUCCAUUCAUAAUGUUGUCAGGCCUUUACAAAAGCCCCUUUAUGUGCCUGAACAUAGCUGUUUCCAAAAGUUUGUUUAGCUCAGGCAGACGUCUGUCAAUUGGUAACCAGGGGUAAUAGUGUAUGGGGGAUAGAAUGCAGCGCCAGACUGCCUGUGGCACUGAAUGGAUUUCAGUGUUUGUAACUGGGCCUCAAGUCUCUGUGCAGUUGACAAAAUGGUCUCCGCUGUUGCAGCAAGCUUUCUCUUCUCCCUCGUCAUGGUCAAUAUAAUCCCUACCACUCCUAUUGUGGAAAUUAGACCUCUCCGGACGACAGACGGAGCUGCUCGGCUGAUUCAGGGCAAAAGCAGAAAGCGGGUGUCCCCAGUGCCUCCCACCCAGAAACCCAACCCCAUAUCUGAAGCCUUUGGCUACUGCAACACCCCCAGCCACAAUGAGCAUGCUUGGGAAGGUCACAGUCCAGCAGACUAUAGGCUGCUGUCUGUCCAGGUGAUGAUUCGCCAUGGAGAUCGUUAUCCACUGUACUCUAUACCCAAGACCAAACGGCCAGCCAUUAACUGCACCUUGUCUAUUAGUCGGACUCCCUCACACCCUCUGCUCGGAUCCUUCAUAAAUCACAUGGGCCAGGGAGGCCGUGGGCACUGGGAGUCCCCUUUGGCCUCUGUCCCCCGUCUGCCUAACCACAAUACUUGUGAAAUGGGAGAGCUCACACAAACUGGUGUGGUACAGCACCUACGUAAUGGGAAACUCCUCCGCCAGGCCUAUCAGCCCCACGAUCUUGUCCCCUCCGACUGGUCACCUCGACAGGUAUGGGUGGAGAGCACAGGGAAAAGCCGGACUCUUCAGAGCGGACUGGCUUUUCUCUAUGGCUUCCUCCCAGAAUUCAAUUGGAAAAAGCUGACUGUACGUCAUCAGUGGAGUACAUUGUUUUGUGGCUCUUCCUGUGAUUGCCCUGCCAGGAACCGAUACUUAGAGGAGGAGCAGAGAAGGCAGUAUCGUCUCAGAGUGGCUGAUGCAGAGCUAGAAAGAACUUACACUGACAUGGCACGCACGUUAGGUAUUCCAACACGCAACCUACGGGCCGCAAACCCAAUAGACUCUUUGCUGUGCCACUUGUGCCACGGCCUUUCUUUACCAUGCCUGUCCAGGGAAGAUGGUAGCACAGGUGAGUGUCUAAAAAUGGCACAGUUUGGUGUGAUCCGUCGACAACAGCUAGAUGACGAAAUAGAUCGGAGAAGAGAGGGACUGUACCGUAAAUAUGCAAUCCUGGCAAUGUACCCCUACCUCAACCGAACCGCCACCAAAAUGGAACGAGUGGCCAAGGCCUCCACAGGUAGUCGUCCCCCAAGAGCAGGAGGCGAAGAAGUCUUUACACUCUCCUCAGCUCAUGAUGUAACCAUGGCGCCUUUGCUGAGUGCCCUGGGACUGGAGGAGGCCAGGUUCCCACCUUUUGCAGCUAGACUGGUAUUUGAAUUGUGGAAAAGCCCCUCAUUGUAUCAGGGACAGCAGGAGCAGAAGUCUGGCAAAGGUGAAAGAUCAAAAGGAAGAAAUGGAGGAUGUUUUAUCAGGGUAUUGUACAAUGGAGAAGAUGUGACAUACCACACCACUUUCUGUAGUUCCCUUGACCUCCGCGCCAGUCAGCCACUCUGCCCCCUGAAGAAGUUCCUUUCUUUUGUCAGAAGAGACAUGUUCAACGUUGUCAAUGCUACCUCCUACCAGGAGGCCUGUUACAGGCAUACUGAUUAACAAAGGGUAAAACAUUAUGAAUAAGAUGGUGGUUAUAUAACAUACUUAUUUGGGUUCUGGUUUUGUUCUCUCACAUGUCAUCAAGGGUAUAGUGAAGUUUUCUGGUGUUGUGGUUUAACAUCGUUAUAAUUCCACUUAUUUAAAAAAAAAAGUUAACAUUCCAUAGAGCAAACCCAGUGGUAAACACACCUGUCGCUACAGUUGAUCAAAUCAUUUUAAAACUGUUUGUUUUUAUUAUUAAAUUGAACUGAAACCUAUACACAUUUUUAGCGAUGGCAUUGUUAUGAAACUGCAGUUCACAUAGGAAUAAUGAGGCCGGGUUCCUGUGUUACUUUAGCAAUAAAAGUCCUCUGAAUUCUGUCAUAUAUCAACAUAUAGUAUUUGGAAAAAGAACUACAGGGUCAAGGAAAUGGACAGAGCACUGAGACACUUUAUUUUUGCAUUCCAGACAUGGAAUCACAAAGAAAACUGUAAUUUUAAAACAUUUCUACACACUUGGAAAGGGAAAAUAAAGAUGGAUCUUGUAUGCUGGAUUAAAAAUUCCUGCAAUUUA